AUGUCCGCUAGUGUUGUUCUUAGCAGUUCAUCGGAAGCAAAACGAUUAGUGGAGAGUUUAUUGGCAGAUUUGAGAGCACUCUCCACGGAGGCGAAGAAGAAGCAUCCUCAGGUGAAGGAGGCUGCUGAAUCGGGACUUGUCAAGAUACGCAAUAUCACGAGUGGAUCGAAUGAGCAGAAUUUGUUGACGAAUUUAAGAAGUGCUAGCUGUGAGUUAUUACAGCCGUUAACACUGGGCUGUGCGAGUAAAAAUGCACGGCUGGUGCAGAUCUCGUUGCAGGCCAUUCAGAAGAUGGCCAUUCAGAAGAUGGUGCAGCAUCGAGUUGUUGAACCGGCGUCAGCUCCGAUAAUUGUAAACGAGUUAUGGCAUUUAAUGGAGUGCGAAUGUGAGGAAUUGCGUAUUCUGCAAACCCUCACACCCCUCGUCAGCACUGAACUGCUCGUGAACGGCGUCUGGCUUGCCAAGUGUCUUGUGAUGUGUUUUCGAUUGAAUUUCGCGAAAGAUCCCAUAGUGAUCAAUACAGCAUCAGCUACAGUAAGGCAGAUGGUUAGCUGCGUUUUUGAGCGAGUCAUUCAGGAAGACGGAAUGAAAAGUGGUGAAUUGCCGAUAGUUCGACAGACAGUUAAAGUGAACGCCCGGGCUGCACCACCGUCGUUACGGCCGUGUGCUGCAGAUGGGUAUAUGCUGUUCAGGGUUUGUUUCGUGAUGAGUUUUUUGUUAUUUAUUGAUAGUAAUUUUGAUUGGUGA